AUGCGGUUUGAUUUUGUUCAGCUUCUCUUGCUGAGCUCUACUGUCUCAGCCGCAGCUAUUGCAAAGAAAGCCCCGAAAGGGUUUGUGACACGUGAAGGCCAAGUAUUCAAGCUCGACGGAAAGAACUUCUACUUCGCUGGGAGCAAUGCGUACUACUUCCCAUUCAACGACCUCGCUUCCGAUGUCGAAAAAGGUCUUGCUGCCGCGAAGAAAGCUGGGCUGAAUGUUAUGCGCACGUGGGGUUUCAACGAUCGCAACCGUACCUCAAUUCUUGGUGGUCUUCCAAAAUAUGGCGGCGAAGGUGCUGGCCCAAGUCCAAAUGUUCUACAGCUAUGGGACAAUGGCAAGUCUGAGAUCAACCUCACGCCAUUCGACAAGGUAGUCUCAGCUGCCCAGAAAACCGGAGUCAAGCUCCUAGUUGCGCUCACGAACAACUGGGCAGAUUAUGGCGGCAUGGACGUAUACACUGUCCAGCUCGGCGGAAAAUACCACGACGACUUCUACCGGGAUCCCAAGAUCAAGGCUGCAUAUAAGAACUACGUUGGUCAAAUGGUCAAGCGGUAUGCCAACUCUUCGAGCAUCUUCGCCUGGGAGCUUGCGAACGAGCCUCGCUGUGGUGCAGAUGCUGUCCGUAAUCUUCCUCGCAGCACCGCUUGUACACCCGACACGAUCACGGCAUGGAUUGAUGAGAUGAGCACAUUUGUCAAGUCCAUUGAUCCCCACCACAUGGUCACUUGGGGUGGCGAGGGAGGCUUCAACAUCAAGUCCGACGACGGUUUCUACAAUGGUUACGACGGCGGGGAUUUUGACAAAGAACUGACUCUGAAGAACAUCGACUUUGGUGUGUUUCAUUCAUAUCCGGAUUGGUGGUCCAAGACAGUUGAAUGGACUACACAAUGGAUCAAAGACCACGCUGCGUCGGCUCGUAAGGCUGGAAAACCUGUUGUGCACGAAGAGUACGGCUGGUUAACCGAUGACAAGAGAAUAGAGUAUACCGGGAAAACUAGCAACCGUACUCGUUCUGAGGUGCUCGGUAUCUGGCAAGAGACAAGCUUGAAGGAGAAGAUGCCAGAUAUGUAUUGGCAAUUUGGGUACGGCGGAUAUUCGUACGGCAAGAACCACGACGACGGAUUCACGAUCUUUUUGGAGAAUACAGAGGCGCAGAAGCUGGUGUUUGAUCACGCAAAGAAGUUGAAUGAAUUGAACAAAUAG